AUGUGUCGUCCACAUUUUUGUGUACGGUAUCGAAACUACUGUACUGCAAUGUCAUCUAGUGCCUUCGCUUGGUUUUUGGCAUUUUCUGCUGCCAUACCUCUUUACUUAUAUUCAGAAUUGGUGGAAUUACAGAUGGCUAGUGCUAUCAGACGUACGAGAUUUGUUUGCAUCGCUAAGUGGCCUAGUUUAAGUAGUGCGAGAUGGUAUAUUAUAUUUUCAUCCAUAUUAAUUUUUGUCUUGCCGUUAUCACUCAUGAUAUACUUCAAUUAUCAUAUUUUGAAAAAGCUCAGAGAAGCUUUACUCUGUAGCAAACGUAUGAAACGUGCGUCUCAAACUCGGGUGCCCUAUCAUCGUGUUACACGUUUAGUACUUUGGGUUGUAAUAUUUCAUGCUGUAUGUUGGUAA